AUGGCCAUCUCUCUUGCCAACAACAACUGUAGCCCGACGCGGCUGGGUCUAGUCCCCGAAGCAAAAGUGUCGAAGAAGCAGAGCAUGUGGCAUAAAUUAGGUCUGCGAAGAUGGCUGGGCCGCGACGAUCGAGAUUCUUCCGACAAUGACUCUUCCUCCCCCCACAACAACCACAAUAACAACAACCACAACCGCGCUGCCUCGGUGGAUAGCAACCCGCGCUCCAGACAGGACAACUUGACCCGUCGACUGUCUCGCCGCGUAGGGGUUGGUCUACCCCGAUCGACACCUUUCAAACGAUCGAUUCCCGAACGUCCAGACCGUCUAGCACCCGAACAUGAACAGCGUCGCGCCCAGUCCGCCGACCGGAGUAGCCCCUCGAACGCCCGAUCUCAGUCUCCACUACCACCAACGGGCCCACGACUGUCCGCACCAGAGGUUCAGUGGCUCGGCCCGACACCUACUACCAUGGUUGACGAAUCCCCGGACGAUUUCGAUCCCUUUGCAUCUCCCGAACCCCUCGAACCCCUCGAGCUCGUCGAAACAGAGGAACCAAAUGAAGAUACCAGUCUCUAUGCCGACUGGGAAGGAGACCUGACAACCGAUCCCCCUGAGGUGGAGGCGCCGGCGCCAGACACAAUCGAUAUGGAUCUGGAUAACCGAUGGAUCCUCAAUCUGAGUAUGCACUUUCGGGAUCGUUCAGAAAGGGAGAAGUUCUUUAUCACCUACGUCGAAAAUCCCUACCAAUGGCGACGAGUGACAAUUUCGUGCGAUUACCGUGGGGCAGAGCCCGAUUCACUGGAAGCUGAUCUGAAGGGACUCCGAUAUCAGCGGGACAAAAGCGUUCGGAUUUACGAGUCACUCCGUGAUUCCCUUGCUGACAUCCAGUUCUACGAUACUGUGACGAAUCUGAAGGUUGAAACUAGCGAUGGCCGUCUCCACGUUCACGUCACGGAGGACGUAAACGAAAUCAUUCCCUACCCUCCCAUUUCCAGCAUCGGCCAUCUCGCAGGCGCUCGAUGCAUUCCAGAAACCCACCUCCACUUCGAUGCGCAUCUUUCCGGUUUUGUUUAUAAAGUACAACAGGGUGGACAUAAUUUUAUCAAGAAGGAAAUUCCUGGCCCCGACACCGUCGAUGAAUUUCUUUAUGAGAUCAAUGCUCUUCACGCCCUGGUCGGUUCGCCCAAUGUGAUUCAAGUGGGAGGCAUUGUGGUGGAUGAACACCACCAGAAGGUCAAGGGGCUCCUCAUUAGCUACGCUGAACGAGGUGCCCUGGUCGACAUCCUGUACGAUCAGCGUGGUCGCAUUGCCUUUGCUAGGCGGGAGCGGUGGGCCAAAGAAAUUGUCCAGGGUUUAUGCGAGAUUCACGAGUCCGGCUACGUCCAAGGCGAUUUCACUCUGUCAAAUAUUGUGGUGGACGCGGAGGAUAAGGCCUUUAUUAUCGACAUAAAUCGCAGGGGCUGCCCUGUUGGAUGGGAACCCCCCGAGAUUGCUCAGAAAAUUGAGAGCAACCAACGGAUCUCGAUGUACAUUGGCGUCAAGACAGACCUCUACCAACUCGGCAUGACCUUGUGGGCAUUGGCAAUGCAAGAAGAUGAGCCUGAGCGACAACCUCGUCCAUUAUUCCUUGGCUUUGAUGUGGACGUGCCAGAUUACUAUCGACGAAUAGUCGAUAUCUGUCUGAGCCCAAUGCCUCGACACAGAAUAUCCGCCAAAGAACUACUCUCGUUCUUUCCCACACAUCUAUUUCCUCGACCAGACCACCGAUUUCCAUGCGCCACCUCGGCAAUGUCCCACCUUCCCAAAAGCAAUCUUGUCGAUCCCCAGCGCACGAGAACCACACCCAAUCCCAAUCUAUUCACCCCUGUCUCCCCAUUGAAGUAUUCGAGUGAGCAGGAUAUCGAUCUUUCUCCGCCCCUAUUCCACGACCACCCUGGCCAGGGCAAAAGAUCGACCGUCACACUAGCUGAUUCCAAUGACGGAGUCGCUUUUCCAUCUCGACAUUCAUCCGCGUCCACUCUCAACCACCAUGAAUCCAAUGGUCUGGACGGCGGGUGUUGGAAUGAAGAUUCCCACUCUUCAUUCCGGGAACCAGCUUCGGAAUUGCCAACUGAUCAUCAAAUACAAACCGCUGUACCAUCUGCGUGGGAAAAUACAGUUGGUCACGGCUUUGGUCCAAUGGAAACGGAGCCCCAGCCACAACUCUGGGAAUCACACACCGAAUCAGAGGAAUCGACCGCUUUGCCUAUCAAUCCAGCUCUCUCCAAGCGCAAGUCGUUUCCUCCGGAUGUUAGCAGCAUUCGCCAAAGUGAGGACAGCUCCGCUCAGUCCAACCCUUCUCAUAAUCAAUUGGCAUUCCUGCUUGCCGAUUCUCAACUCCCAAUCAACCCAGCCGUGGCUCGCCCCGUCCCCUUACUUGUCUCUACCAAGUCAGCGACCCCAGAGUCUUCGAUACUACAUCCUAAGCAGGCCAUGAUUGCUCCUCAUGGGCUGGAAAUCCCUCUUUCGGAGUCUCGGCUGCCAAUCAAUCCAGCAAUAGGUAUAUCGAAGCGCAAAUCCUUCCCCCCGGCCUCGCUAUCCGAUCGGAAUUCUGGAAUACACUUCGCUCAACCUAGAAUCGUUUCUGAGCGACUGGUAUCAUUCCUGUCUGAAUCUCGAUUGCCCAUCAACCCUGCUCUGAGAAUCCCUGGACCCCAUACCAUUCUCCCGGCCUCGGAGGAUAAACCACACCCCGGAUUACGACCAGCACGACCACCUAUUCACUCCCGCCCGAUGCCAUCUCUAUCCGAAUCUAUAUUACCUAUCAACCCCGCCCUGAGUAUUCCUGAAUACAAGACCACUCCUUCGGUGUCAGAGAACAAACCAUCCCCCGGGCUACGACCAGCACGACCCUCCAUCCAACGCCGACUGGCACCAUCUUUGUCCGAAUCGCAAUUGCCCAUCAAUCCCGCGUUUAGAGAACACCUCGUCAAUCUCUUCUAA